ACUUGUGAAGUGUGAUAAGUCCCGCAGAGUUGACGUUGUCUGAACUUAGAAUUCUCGAAGUGUUCCGCUCCAUAAGUACUCAUCCAUGCCUUAGCAAUGAGGCCCUUCUUGAGGCACUACCUGGCCUCUAGUUGUCGAUCAGAGCUCCCCAAUCUUCACCAUCGUUUGUUACGAUGGGUGUCGCCCCAUCGUCCAUACCCCUUGCAGACGAAGAAGACCGCUUUACUUCAGGCAAUUACUACACGAUCUUGGGCGUAGCAGAGACAGCUACACCGGACGAGGUCAAGGUCGCGUACAGACGGCUUGCCCUUCAAUAUCAUCCUGACAGGAAUCAUGGAGACGAGCAGAAGGCUACUGACCGAUUCGCCAUGCUCUAA